GCCGGCCCCAUUGGCUGGCUUCGGGCCGGGCCGGCGCGCUCCGGCGCAGCGCUCGCGGGGCAGGAUGGUGGAAGCCUGGUACAUGGACGAGUCCGGGGAGGACCAGAGAGCCCCGCACCGGCAGGAGCCGCACCGGCCCGUCAGCCUGGAGCAGCUGCGCCGGCUCGGAGUCUUCCACUGGAAAUUGGAUGCUGACAACUAUGAGACUGACCCAGACCUAGCAAGGAUUCGGAAAGAGAAAAACUAUUCUUGGAUGGAUAUAAUAACGAUACAUAAAGAUAAGCUGCCAAAUUAUCAAGACAAGAUAAAAAUAUUUUAUGAAGAACAUUUGCAUUUGGAUGAUGAAAUUCGCUACAUCCUUGAAGGAAGUGGCUACUUUGAUGUUCGAGACAAAGAUGACAAGUGGAUCCGGAUUUUCAUGGAAAAGGGAGACAUGAUAACUCUUCCUGCUGGCAUAUAUCACCGAUUUACACUGGAUGAAAAUAACUACGUGAAGGCAAUGAGGCUAUUUGUUGGAGAACCAGUCUGGACAGCAUACAACCGGCCAGCUGAUCACUUUCCUGCUCGAGGACAGUACAUCCAGUUUUUGGCACAAGCAGCACAGUAAUACUCUCUGAAGUCUGAUGUGUGGAACGUCCUCAAGCUUGAACAGAAUGGAAAUUGGGACUCUUGUACUUCAACACCACUCAUUGUAGGAUGUGUUCUGUUCCCCUGUCCAAAUGUGCUUCUCUAGCUCUAAUUUUGGGAGGGUGAAUGGGGAGUAUGGACAAUACUUAAUGUUCAUCCUAGUCUGAAAUGAUGCUAUCAAACUACUUAAGAUGAUUGUAUUUAAUUAAAAAUCUUCUGCAUUCUCUCAAAGAAUCUGCACAAGAUGAAUUCACAUAAUCAAGACCUUGGUAGCUCUACCCUGGUACAAAUGUCUGUGACUUUGUUAUAAUGAAUUGCAGUGAUUUACUUUUGUAGCAUUUUAAUAAAAUGAUUUUCUGUCUUUAAA